CCGCAGGCGAAAGUCAUGCCUGUAACUUAUAAAUCACAAAAUUUUCCAGUUUAAACAAUUAAAAUUGUGUUUGCUAAAUUAAUGGUGAAAUAUGGAGGAGCUUGUUAAAAACGAAUUUCAAUUCUACGCCACGAUAGCGAAACCGCUUGUGCUGAACCUUCCCAAGUCCAAAGAUCGAAUCCUAGCAGCAGGAUGGAUCAGAAAAUUCGGACAAGAAGCCGUUGGCACUGAGAAGCUACGUACAAGCUACCUCAAGCUACUCCUUUUCUGUCUCCAAAGACGCAGACUUACCGGAAUAUUUUCCGACAACCCCUCAUCCUAUGAAUUUCUGGAAGAUUUACCUGAAGAAAUCGACCUUAAUGAAUUUGCUCGGAACCUUCUGGAACAAGAAGCCAACGAGCGCAAAGCUACCAUCAGAAAGGAAAUGAUGGGAGACAUGAAAAAUUUUCCAGCCUAUACAACCGAUUGCUCUCCAGAUCUAACCGAAUACGUCGCAUGUCAGGAUAUUCCAAACUUUGGAGUUCACGCUUAUUACGCCAUAUCCAAGCAACCCGUCAAUAAAUGGCAAAGAGCUGAAAAGGCCAUACUACCAAAAGGUACCAAAAGUUCUAUUGACACUAGCAUAACCGCUCCACCAGCUGGAGUUACAUCAAUCUGCGUUUGCACUCCCAAGGGUACUGCCUCGGCUCCACAGGUCGAAGAAGGCGCAGCAGUUGCCGAUUGUCUACAACCUCAAGACAAAACUCCAUCACCAGAUCAAAAGAGAAGGCGUCGUCCACAGAAAUUUGGAACAUCGCCACCAACUCAUCCUAUUGGCGAAGUCAGGCGUUCCACCGAAGAUAGACCCACCCCCACGUGGGGUACUAACUUGCUUGAAGUACGCGAGACUACCGAUAUUGGACAUAUUGAAGAACCUUCGGACACUGCUAAAGCUUUGGAUAAAGAAGUCUCAAAAUUGAUCCAAGAUGAGGAGGACGCAGAGUCCGUUACUGAAGAAGCGCAAGAAACUGUUGCCAGCAAAGCCAAAGAUAUGCUGGACACGGUGUCCGAAUUUAGCCGUGGGAAAAUGAAAAAACGCCCGAAAAGCGCAAUAAAAGCUCCAAAAAGCCUAAAGCAACCAAAAAUUCCAGUGAAAGGAAUGAAAAAGAAAGGUCCAAAAAAAGGCGGCCUCGGACCAAGACCAGCUAAUAUACCAGAAGAAUACGCUGACUGGACAGAAAAAGAACUAGAGGAUGCCGGUUUAACAUGGCAGGAUUUGCUCCCCAUUGAAGAAAAUAUAGACCAUGAACUUCAAAGAAUCGAAGAUGAAGAAAUGAUGCCCGGUCUAGAAGAAGAUCUGCCUAUCGAAGAAAUAGCUUACACGCCCUACGCGGAUCUGGACUUGGAAGCCAUGAUUCGCGAAGCUGAAGCUGAUUUAGCGGCAACUGUCUACGAAACUGGAGUGGAAGCGGAUGAGAACGCAGUCGAAUUAUUAGUUGACGAAAUGUACGAUAUCCAAGACGAAUUAUAUGAGUCCGCAGCUAGCGAAGAAGCCAGAGCAGCUUCACCGGCGAUCGCUUCGGGUAUUCCAGUGACUACACCUCAAAGGAGCCCCAGCCCUAGAAGAAUGAAAUCGCCUGAAACCGCAUUUGAUGGUGAAGAUGAUGCACUUUUAAGACACAGGGCUUCGCCAUUACGUGCGCCAAGACCCAGUAGUUCAGGUAAAAAAAGUAAAACCAAAAGUCCUCAAAGAAGAUCACCUUCUCCAAGAACUGACAAAGACCCGAAUAUUUCCAGGGUAUACGAACAAGUUGAAAGAGUUGGAAUGGAUGACUCUUUUGAGCAGCACGAAAGAGAGUUUCAAGAAAUGGAAGAUCGUGAAAGGGAAGACUCUUUUGAGGCGCACGAAAGAGAGUUUCGAGAAAUGGAAGAACGUGAAAAAUUUGGGCAAGGAACUGCUUUGCCACAUCGUAGCCCUUCUCCAGCUCGAGCAGUUUCAUUUUCACCUGGUGAUGCGGAUAGAGCAAGACAAAGAGCCUGGGAACAAGAGCAACUUUUGAGAACACCACAGCAACAAAUGGUUGAGUCACCACCGAGACAAAUGAUGCGGACGCCUGAUCGUGUAAUGGAUCAAUUUGACCUGGGCGGCAUGUCGCCUUUCAUGCCAGCAGAAAGUCCACCUCAUAUGACCCAACAAGAACAACACGAUAUGAUGAUGUAUUUUGCUUUUCCAGGCGAAGAUUCUUCUUUAGGAUUGCUUCCGGCCAGUGUCUUAGAAUCGUCAGGAGGCGAUGAUUCUUCUUUAGGAUUGCUUCCAGCCAGUGUUCUUCAAUCGCCACCAGGCGAAAGGGUUCCAGAACAUGAACGUUUCCCACCAGUUCUGUUUGGUUCACCAAUAGCAAACCAAAUUAUUGGCGAAGCCUCAAAUAUUUUUACCGAAGAUCAUCUUUUCGAUGCAACUCAAAUUGGAGAAAAUCUUGAUGAUGUGACACCUCCAGGUGGUGAUUUGUCAUUCAUGUCGGCAUCCCCUGGCCAAAGCUAUCAUACUGCUGAUGAAAGCUUAGGAUUGAUCUCAACUUCGGGAAUGUCUGACGAUCUAGUUCUUGGAGGAGAUGUGGAGGCUGACCGGGCUAUAUUUGACAAUUUCAGACCUCUACCCAUACCACGUAGACCACCAAAUAGACGACCUCGUCCGCCAUGGCUUCGACCACGAACACCUUCACCAGGUCCUAGUCCAAUCCGCGACAGCCCAUCCCCUCCGCGUGGCGUACCAACCCCACCUCCAAUGCCAUUUUUUCCUGGAAUAUCAGCACCUAUAACACCGAUACGUCAACGUCCUAUUCCUAGACCAGGCUGGUAUGACACUCCGCGUCCACGUAUACAAACUCCACAAAAGCAAUACGGGCCUGAAAAAAGACCAUUACACUAUUACACUCCCGAACCUCCUUUGGUCGAUCCUUUUGAUCCGCUUGCUUAUCCGGAUCAAGGGCUAAUCGAACACGAAGAGAUACCAGAGGCUUUCGGAGAUUUGUUAGAAUCACCUAGGGAUGAGCGUGCUUUGACACCUACAAGACGGCGCCCUCCUGCUCCACUUCAAGUAACUCCCAUUUCACGACCUGGACAAGCAUUAAGACAAACACAGCUAUUUGGUACUCCUUGUAGACCUUGUAGCCCUUCUCGCAGUCCAGCAGAAUUGGAAGAGUUUGAACAAAUGGAACGAGACUUGCAAGCAGGUUCUCCUGGCCGACAAGCAGACGAACCCAUACUUACCAUGGAAGAUGUGUCUGCUCAGGAAGCUGCUGCUAGAAUCCAAGAAAUGGCCCGACAACAAGACUCUCUUUUACGGACAGUUACGCCUCCAAGACCACCAUGGUCACCAUCGCCAGUAUUGGAUAGAAGGAAAGUCGUUUCACCACCCCCAAGACCACCACCGUAUGUUCCUCCUCAGCCUCCUUUACAGCUAUGGACGACUCCCGAAGGAGUCGCUGGACCAUCUCGACGGCGAACUGGUUUUACACCCCCAGUAUGUCCGAGCGACUAUACCCCUUCACCAUCUCCAGUGCGGAGUCCAAGAUUCCAACCGGCUAGAAGAAUCGUCAAAAGGGGAAAACGCCCGCCUUCUCCAACGACACCCAAGGGAGACCGUUAUGUGCCAAGUCCUUAUGGGGAACCAGCACAACGGUUACCACCGUGUGGAACACCUGGACGUGGAGAUCCUCUUAUGAUUCCCAGAAGAUUGUUUGAUACACCAGGUCGCAUACCAACAAUGCCCGCUGAAGAAUCGCCCAUUCGAUAUUCUCCUUCUCCUGUAUGUUCUCCGAUGCACCGGUUCGAUUUCCCACCAACUUUAGAUGCUGAAUCUCCUCCUCUUGAUAUGCCACCGACACCUCCACCGCUCCUACAGGAAGGGCAGCUUUACUUCCCAAGAGAAGUGCUACCGACAGCUACUCCUGAACAAUUACCUACGUGGGAUGAAAUCAAACAACACCAAGUAGUACCGGAUCAUCUCCACGCUCAAAUAUCUCAAAGGACACCUUUUGGAAGAGGGCCUGGACGUUAUAUACACAGAGAAAGCGUGAGAGCAUUCCAACCAAUGGAUCGUAUACCGGAAUACGCAGACAAUAUAGCUCAUAUGCGCGACAGAACAUUCGAAGAUCGUCACCCCUAUCCCCGUUUCAGUGACCAACCUGUUAGAGUAAAGGUACCCAAAUAUUACGAGCCCCUGCCCAGAGAUUAUCCAUCUCCCAGACCGCAGUCGCCGAUAGAGUAUAGGCCUUACACAGAUAAUAUUCGAGAUAUUCUCGCAAUGUCACCGCCUCAACAUCCGGCAACUUACUAUCCAGAUGUGGAACAAUCAGCUCAAGACUUUAUGAGUGCGCUUGAGCGAUACGACUUGCCUUGCGAACCUUGCACUGGAGGUGUUCCAGUGAGGCAACCUCCACCUUCUGGUAUUAGACCACCCUCAGGAGGACUACUUCGUCCUUCUGGUAUUAGACCACCCUCAGGAUUACCAAUUCGUCCUUCUGGUAUUAGACCACCGUCAGGAUUACCAAUUCGUCCUUCUGGUAUUAGACCACCCUCAGGAACACCACUUCGUCCUUCUGGUAUUAGACCACCCUCAGGAACACCACUUCGUCCUUCUGGUCUUAGACCACCAGCAACGGGGCCGGAGAGCCUUAUCAGACCACCUCCAGGGACACCGCAACAACAGGCACUUCCACAGUAUGGGCCAGAGUGGGCCACACCAGAUGAGACAGGUAGAGCUUCAGUACCACAAGCUGCUCCUGUUAAAACUGCACCUACUCGUAGUGUCGCUGAACCUGGACGACCAUCGAAACUUUUCAAGAAGAUACAAUUGAAAGAAACCAAGUCCACGAUGUUGAGAAAAAAGGCGCUUGCUGAUCAGAAAGCAGCUGAAUUAGAGGUCCAAAAGAAGAAAGAGAAAGCAGAACAGGCUAAGAAAAAGCGAAAAAAGAAACUACAAGAUGAAAGAUUACGAGAGAUUGUGGCGCAACAAACGCAAGAAGCUGGACCCGCAGCUAGAGAUACGCCAGAUCCGGAACUCAUGGAUUUACUUCAACAACAUGAAGUUGCUUUUCCCGGCAUGAGACGAAGUAUUGUGGUACAAGGUCGCUGGAAAAGGUUACCCAGAAGAUCUGAAACAGGGUUCGAACAAAUGGAUCGACUGCAAGAAGAAAUGGGAUCUCCAUGUGAACCUUGUAGCGGUGGUGACGCCUACCGAGACACCAUACGAGAUUUGCGCUUGUUUGAUAGACCUCAGCCACAAAUGAGACCACAGAUUCAACUGACGCAACAACAGCAGGCACGAAUGAGAUUUGAUGAAAUAGAACAGAAUGUCAUAGCGCGAGAGCGCGAAGAAGCUGAAUAUUUUGAACGAAUGCAAGAGCAACAAAGACUUGAUGAAAUUGAACAAAAUGUGAUAUCGCGAGAGCGAGAAGAAGCAGAAUAUUUUCAACAACCACGACAAAUAACAGAAGAAGAAGAACUGGCGGAAUUUGAGGCUUUAGAGAGAGAGUUCUUAGAGCAAGAGGCUCCUCCACGACCGUGUCCCGCGGCUGCGCCACGACAAAUGACGGAAGAAGAAGAACUGGCGGAAUUUGAGGCUUUAGAGAGAGAGCUUUUGGAGCAAGAAGAGGCUCCUCCACAACCUGCGCCACGACAAAUGACAGAAGAAGAAGAACUGGCAGAAUUUGAGGCUUUAGAGAGAGAGCUUUUGGAGCAAGGAGAGGCUCCUCCACGACCGUGUCCCGCGGCUGCGCGUUCUCCCCCAAGAAUGGGCCCAGUUGGUCCUGUUGAUCGUCUAACGUAUUCUCCACCAAGACCUCAAAGUGUCUUUGGCCUGCCACCAUUCCAAUUUCCAGCUCAACAUUUGCCUCGACCAUACGCACCCUGUACCCCUUCACCGGGGGGUAUAUUAGAUGCCGUGACUCCACCUAUGUACGAGUCACCGCCGCCCGGUUUUGGCUUGGAAAUGAUUUCACCUCCGCCUUUCUUCGAUGUGGACUUUGGAUCGCCAUCCCCCCAAAGACCACAUAUGAUUACGCCCCCAUUAGAUCCACGAAGGAUCAGACAAGAAAUUUACCAAAAUGUUCGACCUGUGUUUGAUCCAAGUCUUCGUACUGAUGUUUUACCAAGAGGCCAAAGACGAGUAAUAACGCGUCCUGGAGGUUUCCAGGCUGUGCGCGAAGAUGAACCUUUAAUACCACAUUUACCUUCACCACCCAGAGAAGACCCUCAUAUUCGGCGUAGAAAAGAGCUGGAAAGAAUUCAGAGAAAGAGAAGGCCACUUCCUCCACCGGUAUCGCCUGAUGAAGAAGUGAAUAGGAUGAUUAGAGAAUCCGAAAGAGAGUGGGAACUAACUCCACAACACACUCCAGAAGGUGCGGCUCUAAUGGAUAGAACACCUCCAAGACGCUUGCGCCCUCCCAUGGCUACUUACCAAUCUCCUCCCGUGUGUGCACCCUGUCAUGUACCCGCUGCCGAGCCUGGAAGGUUGUAUCCGUUCACACCGCCAGAACAAAUGGGCUUUUACGUUCCUCCUGCUAGCGCACCGAUUCAUCCUGAUUUGGUGGGUGUCGAUUUACGAAGGCACAUGCUUACGCCGCAAGGUGAUGCAGGCAUAAUGGAAGAAACACUUGACGAGUACUCACCGUACUUUACUCCACCGCAAGUUCUUGAAGAUUUCGAGUCGACGAUAGAACGCGAACGACAAGAGCAAGAGCGUCAAGCUAUAGAACAGUGGCAACCGCCUAGAGCUGUGACGUUCGACUAUAUGCCAUCGCCUGGAGAAUUAGGGCUUUUAACGCCGCCUUCGUGUGGUAUUGGACCUCAUCGGGAAGCUUAUACUCCCGAGGAAUCGCGGUCUCUCGGGCUUUUAGAUGAAUCGAUGCUGGACAGUGUGGCUCAAGGAAUUAUUUCACCUGCACUAGGAGGACUUUUGGAUCCGUUUUUGAUGGACAACGUUGAUGAGGGCUGGAUAACAACACCACCAGCUGGUGCAGGCCCAACUGAGCAAGAUAUCCGAGAUUUCUUGGAGCCAGUGCCAGUUCUGGAACAUCCGGCAUCCAUACAAGAGUUAAGAGACAAUGUGGAGCGGGCAGCAGGCAGAGCGGGAAUAACGCCUCAACCGAUGUACUUUGGAGGUUACGGCGAAACGCCAAGACGAUACCUACCAACAAGAGGGAUCCGACAAGGCGCUGUGCGGAAUCUAAUCCAAGAAUUGGACGAGGUGACUUCGCCUCCGACUUCAGGUUCUCCACCUCGAGCCGAAGAAGUAGACAGAAGUGAAAUCGCACGAAUAGAGGCAAUGAGACGCGAAGCUGAGCGGCAGGAAAUGGAAUUUGGACAGUCUUAUUCGCCAGUUAUGACCAGUCCUCAAAUUGUAUCGCCUCCUCGAACACCAGCUGGACGUCCUCGAACACCAGCUAGACGUACUCCAACACCAGCCGGACGUCCUCCAACACCGGCUAGACGUACUCCAACACCAGCCGGACGUCCUCCAACACCCACUGGACGUCCUCCAACACCAACUGGACGUCCUCCAACACCAACUGGACGUCCUCCAACACCAGCCAGACGUCCUCCAACACCAACUAGACGUCCUCCAACACCAGCUAGAGGUCCUCCAACACCAACCCCUGAAUAUGGUAAUGCAUGCGACACAGGAACAUGUAAUGUAGCACAACCUGAGCCAAUGCAAACGUAUGUGGCUGGCGAAGGAUGGCCUGCUGGUCUGUUCUCUCCUCAGGAUUCAGAAAUAAGGAGGCAAGAAGAUGCCGAAGCACAGCGUUGGAUACAAGAGUCAGGUUAUAAUCCUCCUGCCCCGCAAAUGCCGACCACGCCGCAAAAUAUAUCUGAUAAUUAUCUUGAUUUUUACGAGACUCCCCCGCAAUUGUCUCCAUUUCAGCAACUAAGACAUGAUGCUACUAGAGCACCAAAUUUGUUAGAUGAAUUCCUUCUGGAUGAUUAUCAGUCCCCACCGCCAAUGACUCCGCAAAAUAUAUCUGAUAAUGUUCUCGAGUCUUUCGAAUCUCCGCCGCCAUUGUCUCCUUGGGAGCAAAUGCAAACUGCUGCUGGUAGAACACAAUAUUUGGAUGAUGCCUAUUUGGAAGAAUUCCAGUCUCCACCUCCGUUAUCGCAGUCUCCAUGCUCUCCACGGCCCGGAACUCAUGGCCAUCGAGCAGCUCUAGAACCACAGCAAGAGAUUGGAUCUCCUAGAGCAUGUCCUCACUUUUCGAUCAACGCUAGUGCAGGGGAGCAAACGUCACCACGCAUUUGUGCAGCAACAGGACUUCCAAUGCCGUCUGGCGGAUCAGGGUCUAGACAAGUUCAGCAGCGGCAGCAAACUCCGCCACAGGCCCAAGGUAGAGAAGAAACACCCAGAAGAGUGGUGAGGAAAACGAGUUCAGUCAAGAAAAUUCAAACAAAGAAGAAGUGAAUUGUAAUAUUGUGCUGUGAUGAACAAAUAUGUGAUAAAAUUGGAAAUAUAUGGGCUGUGAUUUGUUUGAAAA